AACGAACGGGAGAACACCCCUGCCCCGAAUCAGCAGGAGGUUGGGAUCGUCAUGGCGAUUCCUGUUAGGCUGUUGAGGGGCGUAUUCAUCGGGCCCUGGGGUCACGGCCAACGGGCUGCGCGGAGGGGGGUCAUCAUCACGCGGGUGGAUGAGACGAGCGCAUUUGAUGGCUUGAGGGAGUUACGAACUUCCACUGGGGCGUCUUUCUUUUCUGAUGGGCUGGGGCGCCCGGCACGGCAGGAUGAGGCAAGGGAACGGUUGUUGAGUCGUCAACUUUCUUCUUGGGUUCGGAUGGACAAGAUCAAGGGCGCCCGUCCAAUAAUACAAGGGCCGGCGGGGGAGACUAAGAGCGAAGUUCCACGAUUCGUGCAGCCGGUGAAGUUGCUGAGUACGGGGAUGGGUACUGUAGGGAUCAUGGAGAGAGCCGUCCAGCCAGGCCAGGCCGGUGUAUCUAAUGUCUCACCAUCCGUUUGUGAGGAUCACCAGCAGUAG